GCCCAGCGGCUAAUUUGGGAAGCGGGAUAACGCGCCCUGCGGAGCGCAACACCUGCCGCAAACACUCACCCCAUCCCGCAGCCUAGCGCCGGCCCCUUUAAAACCGCAGGAGACCCCUCCCUCCGGCCCUCCUCCCGGCGCCCUCCCCUCCCCACCAGCCGCCGCCAGCCCACCAAUCCGCGGCGGUGGCGCAGCCGGGGCCGCUCACAGCCAAUCGCUGCGCCGCUUAGUGACUGGAGGGGAGGUGAGGAAGCAAGAUGGAGGCAGCGGCAGAGGCGGUAACUGCUGAGGAGCAGCGGCUGCCGGCCGCUUUCGUGGCUCCCCUGCAGCCCGAGAUGGCCGCCGCCGCCGCCAUGGUGCUGCCGGAGCGGCUGCAGCGGCGGGAAGCGGAGCGGCAGCAGGGCGUGGAGCGGCAGCGGCAGAAGAAAGAGGCACAGGUGGUGAAGGAGGAGCAGAGCGAGUUUUUCGCGGCCGCGUUCGGCCGGGAGCGGGAGGCGCUGGCGGCGCUGCUGGCGGCGGGGCUGCUGGAGGAGGCGGCCGCCCGCCUGCAGGGGCUGCAGAAGAUGCUGACCGAGAGCGUGCGGUUCCUGGCGCCCUAUGAGGUGCGGCAGGGCCAGGAGGCCGUGGCGCGGCUCCAGGGCGACCUGGCGGCGCGGCGCCAGCAACUGCAGCCCAAGAAGAAGUUCACCUUCCGGACCCUUAAAAAAGAAGCGGCUCCGGGCGGCCAGGUGCGCCCCGCCGAGCCCCCUCGGCCCGCAGCCGCCGACCCCGUCCCCGGCUGCGGCCUCGCCGAGGUGGAGCCGGGCGGGCCGCCGCCGUGCGGGUUCAGCGGCGCCGAGGACGAGGAGCUGGAGCUCGGUCCCGCCGAGCUGCUGCAGCGCGACGUGGUGCUCUGCGGCCUGCGGGGCUGCCAGGUGCGGCUCCGCGGCAACGCCAACACGCUGCGGGUGCGAGAUUGCCGGGGCUGCACCGUGCUCUGCGGGCCCGUGUCCGCCUCCGUGAUGGUGGACGGCUGCAGCGAUUGCCUCCUGGCGCUGGCGUGCCAGCAGCUCCGCACCCAUCGCACCCGUGACAGCCGCUUCUACGUGCAGGUAACCAGCCGAGCCAUUAUCGAAGACUGCACCAAUGUCUCCUUCGCACCUUACACCUGGAGCUACCCUGGUAUCGAGAGAGAUUUCGAGUCUUCUGCACUGGACAGAAACAGGAACAACUGGAACCUGGUGGAUGACUUUAACUGGCUGGCGACUGACAAGCCUUCACCCAACUGGAGCCUGAUCCCCGAGCAGGAAAGAAUUGGUGUCUGGGACUGACCGCAGAUGCAGCUCGGUGCAGAGCCAGAGAUACCGAUGUAGAUGCAUUGAUUGAUAAACCGUUGGACUUCAACUUUGUCUAGCAUUAAAUAAAUCCAUUCAGUACUUAAA